AUGUUCAGGAACACAGCCAGGCCUAAAGCUCUCUUCACUUUAUGGUUACAGGUGCAAAACAGGCUUCUGACGGUGGAUAGGUUGUUGAAAUGGGGCUUAUCAGUUGAUCCAUUAUGUGUGUUGUGUACAGUUGAGAAUGAGAAUAGAGAUCACUUAUUUCUUCACAGCAUAUUUACUCAAAAUCUAUGGAGAAGAUUAAUGAUCUGGCUACGAUUAAAAUGGUCAGAUAGAGGGAACUGGGAGCUACACAUGAAGGAGGUUUUUACUAGAACUAAAGGCAAGACAACUCAAGCAUGCUUGUUGAGACUGCUUUAUACAGAGUAUGUCAAUGCAGUUUGGAGGGAGAGGAACACGAGAGUAAUUGAAAAGCACCAACAAACAGAGGAAACAAUUGCAAGGGACAUUGCAUGUACCUGCAAUUUUCGAGCUACUCCAACAGUUAGUCUAUUGCUUAGAAAAUGCUUAUUUUGA